AAAAUAAAUUACACAUUUUACCUGAAUUAAUAUGUUCCUGAAAUAAAAUCAAUUGGUAAUAACAUUUACAAAGUAAUUCAGUUUCUAUGAAACUCGUUUGAUCGAUAAAUCAGAUAUUUUAGAUGGUUUAGAAAACCGAGAAGAGAUUUAUAAAUGUGAAAUGGCAAGUCCUAAUCCAGAUAAUGAUCCAUCAUCAAUGUUUAUGGAUAAAGGAGAUGGAAAAAGACGGAGUCCUACUAGAUCAGAAACGUCUCCAAGACGAAAUUCAGUAGUAAAAGCAAUUAAUGCUGAAGUAAUAACGGUAAAGGACUUUUUCGAUUUUAUGAAAACAGCAUAUCAAGUUUAUGAACAUUUGGAAGGUGAUGAGGAUGAAGGAUCGAAAAUAAAUUGGGAAGAACUUUCGAAAUUGACUGUGCUGAAUCAUGUUAUUGAACAGCAAGAGAGAGAUCUUUUGUAUCAGACUGCAUUUAGCAUGCAAAAACCGAUUGUUAGCAAAAGUGACACACAAAUUGAGAGAAAGAUUAAUGUGAUUGAUAGAGUUGAAAAACGGUAUAGUUGCAGUGAAAUUGAAGGUAAGAAUCGAAGACGCUGUCCUGAACCAAGAGUUGAAAUGUUAGGUGUUUGGACGGAAGCGAACUUGAAUUGUAAAUUAAACGACGUAAUAAACGAAGGAAUUUUAGAUUCCAUUCUACCAUAUUUAGUGGGUUACAAGAAACCAUUCAAAACAACGAGCGUUUAUGCUCCAAUCAUAAAGAAGACAUCUUCAAAUAUAUCGACGACGGAAGUAAAAAAACCGGCAAGUUUUGAAGGUUUUGUAAGUGAAAAAGAAUCCCGCGAUCGUUUAGGGCGAAGGAAAUCUUCAGUGAUUGCAGCUCAGGAACGAGCAAAUCAGAAACAAGAUGGCGAUGUCGAAAUUCACGUUUGCGACGAAGUGAAGGGAUUGAAAAAGGACUUUAGAUGUCCGCAGAAACUUUUAGUUUCUAAAAUGGGUUACUUUGCUGACGUCACUGCGGGUCAGCGCUUGGAAGAUAUGGAUAUAUCUGUACAUUGUGAUAUACAGAUAUUCGAUUGGCUGAUGCGCUGGGUAAAGCGGGAUUCCAUCCUCGUCGCUGAUUGGCCGCUGCUCGACCCGCACAACGUUGUUCCCAUACUGGUGUCCGCAUCUUUUUUGCAGAUGGAACCACUCCUACACGACUGUCUCAUCUACUGUCACGCACACAUGAACGAUAUCGUGAAAACAACAACUAACUUGGCAUGCCUCAGUGACGCUUUGCUUACCAGAUUAGCAGCGAUGUACACAAACGCGGAGCUAGAGAGCAUCCGCGACCGCAAGGACAAGGUUCAAUCCCGGCUGUACUGCAAGAUGAUACUGUCCCUCGCUGAACCGGUGCCGGAGACGCUUCGCGGGCACUACGCUUCGUUGGCGACGCUUUUUAAGUGUAGCAAGUGUAACAAGCUCCUAGGAAGGCACAUAGCAGAGCAAGUGCCGUGCCAGCCCGCUUCCAUGAGGAUUGACCGACGAGGAAAUGUUGUUUCGUCACAUUCUAAAGAUCCAUCAUGGAGUCUAAACGAGUAUAUAACCUGGUUGUUCGGCGAGCUUCGUUCUUGGCGCCGCGUGUACUGGCGGCUCUGGGCUGAUUGUCACUUCUUGAGAUGUCAACUGUGCGAUAGUUACUUUCCAGCUUAUCAGAUGGAGUGGUGCUCCCACCACUCGCAGGGCGCGCACGCGCUGGGCGCGCUGGCGGCCGGCCGCUACCCGUGCUGCGGGGAACGGGCCUAUCGCUUCGAGACUGUUACACGGAACACGGGUUGUCAAUUCCGAGAGCACGUGCCCGAUGAGAGCUUAGCAACAGACGCGGCAGUGAUGGAGAUAUACAACAAAUUCAGAGACAUAAUAGCGAUGCGUCCGCCGCAGUUGAUGUUCCCUGAGCGACUGACCAGAUUGGUGACGAGGGAACCGGGCGAAGAAGCAGCCGGUCGUCUCCAAUGCAAGGAAGUGUUCUGGUGGGAGGGGAUACAGUUGGUCCCGCCGCGGCAACCGCUCGGACUCUUGGGGAAACUGUAUACGAGCAAUAAUAAGUUUAUCCCGAAUGUACGCCCCGGUUCACCAGUAUUGGCCACAAUACAACCGCCAGCGCCCUCUUUAUCGGGCACUUGUUCCAACGCUUCUCCAGAACGGACGGAAAUUAAAUCGAAACUUUUAAGUCCGAGGAAUAAGCAAGGCACCAGCGGUACUGGAGACGCCCUAGAAGUGGCUGAGGAAGCGACAGACUCUGAUGAGAGUGAACAGAGUUCUGAUAGUGGAAGGAGCGAUGAAGAUACGCCUCCACGAAGACCACGAGCUCGUACUCGCAUGCCGCCACCACCGUGUAAUAGGAAUAAGUGGCGUAUAUGCAAAAUUGGAAGCGGAUUGGCGCGAAAAACAUGGUCAGAAGUCGCGCAGUUUGCCGUCUGCGAGAAAUCGGUCACAACCUACAAAAUAUAAAUAAAUGCUUCAU